AUGAAAUUGUAUAUAUCACCACCUCAAACACUUGAAUAUUUAAAAUUUGAAUACAGGCAUUUUCCAUUUAAAGCAUGUGAAUAUUUAAAAUUUCAAAAUUUACAUCAAUACAUACGUUGGUAUUAUCAACUUUUUCCAUUGAUGGUUCAAUUAGUGGCACUUUAA